AAAAAUCGGGUCGAUUCACUGCUUGCUCUUCUCAGACCGGUGUCCAUCGCUUCUUUGUUUUCUCGCCAGUUACAUUCACAUGCUAUAAUAGCAGAUGCUGUGAGGUCAAUUUGAUUUGAUACGCCUUUGGACACUCUGUUUUGUGGCGCUUUUUCAUAAACCUCUUAAUGAUGACUUCGUCAGUGACAACAAAGCCUCCAGGAACGUCAAGUCGAAUUUUACUGGACAUUCCAUGUAAAGUAUGUCAGGAUCACUCCUCUGGAAAACACUACGGAAUUUUUGCAUGUGACGGAUGUGCAGGGUUUUUCAAGCGGUCCAUCAGACGAAAUAGACAGUAUGUUUGUAAAGCACGUGGUGCUGGUGCUAAUAACUGUCCGGUUGAUAAAACUCACAGAAACCAGUGUCGAGCUUGUAGACUUCGUCGGUGUCUAGAGGCUGGGAUGAAUAAAGACGCUGUUCAGCACGAGCGUGGACCUCGAAACUCCACCAUCAGGAGGCAGGUUGCCAUGUACUUCAAGGAAACAGCUGGCACGGAACUGAUGUCCACCCCACCGUUCAGUAGCCACCCAGCUUUUACCAGUCUCAUAACGGUAGCUUCCGAAGCCUCGGGCCCUACUGCAAUCACUACAACAGCACCAUCUUCAUUUUCCUUAAGAACACCUCCAAUACUACACCCAGUGCCAAAAUAUCCGAACAAACUUAACUUUGGACACGCUUUUUUUAAUAACCCAGAUGUUGUAUGCGAAUCAGCGGCGAGAAUUCUGUUUGUUAAUGUUCGUUGGCUGAAGACGGUUCCUGCUUUCACUGGACUACCAAUCAGAGAUCAGCUACUUCUGUUUGAGGAGGGCUGGCGGGAGCUUUUUGUUCUUGACGCUGCCCAAUUCAUGUUACCCCUAGAAGUCGGACCAUUACUAGCUGCUGGAGGAUUAAGUAACGAACCUGCAACUUCUGAAAAGGUGAUGAACUUAAUGACCGAGAUUCGUAGUUUCCAGGAAAUCAUAGCCAAGUUGAAACAUUUGAAUGUCGACCCCACCGAGUACGCAUGUCUGAAGGCAAUCGUGUUAUUUAAGACAGAUUUUCAGUCAGGAGGAGCUGAGAUCCGUGGCUUGCGAGAUAUCCACGUGGUGGCUUCACUUCAAGACCAGGCCCAGAUGACUCUGGGGAAGUACGUUCAGACGGCGUACCCGUCCCAACCAUUUCGCUUCGGCAAGCUUUUGCUCACGUUGCCGUCUCUUCGGUCUGUGUCCGCUAAGACUAUAGAGGAUCUGUUCUUCCGGAAAACGAUCGGAAGUAUUCCUUUAGAACGGUUGCUAUGUGACAUGUACAAGAGUAGCGAUUUCUGACCACUGUGAACUUGCCUAAGGAACGAUCGUGCCUGCACUAUGAACUGAUUAUAAUAACAACAAUUAAAUUGUAGUCUCAGACUCAACACGCAAUCAGUGACAUUAUUUAACGUGAUUCUUGGUCUGUUUAUAUAAAAAAAGAAAAAUAAUCAUGAAUAGAACUCAGAAAGUCAGAGUUGCUGUUAAAACCCUGUUUCAGCAACGUGCAUUUAGUAGAACCUGAUUUCAAAUAGUAUUUUAACCUAUAUUAUUAUUCAGAUCGUACGAGAAAUUGUAUAUAUUUUGCGUGGAAAGAAAAUAAAAAUGAUAAGAAUGCAUAUUUUUUAUUUUCUAAAACACUUGAGAAUCAGGGGCUAUCAGUUGUAAUUGUUUAAUUGUUCAUCAAAGACAU